AUGGCCGCACCACCCGAUGACCCGAAGACUGUCGCUGAACACGAUACCUUGAAGUACCAUCUCCUCGGUCCAUCGUUAACCAAGGCAGGUCAGGACUCAGUCGACCAAAACAAGGUCUCCGAAAUCAUCUAUAAUGCAUCAAAAGGCUCCAAAUAUUUCAACCGGGAAGAAGCCAAGGACAAGAUUUUGACUCAGAAAAUCGACCAGAUUCUGCUGAAAAAGCGACGGCUGGAUUCUCUCGACCUCACGCGUGAGUUGCGUCAGGCCAACCAGCUUAUCACGGAGCUAGAAGUAUCUCGCGACCUCACACAACACAUUGUCCACAUCGACUGCGAUGCGUUCUACGCGGCUGUGGAGCUGCUUGACCGGCCUGAGCUCGAGCAUCUGCCGUUCGCUGUUGGCGGUGGCGUCUUGACGACCUGCAACUACGUGGCUCGGAAAUUUGGCUGCCGCAGUGGCAUGGCCGGCUUCGUCGCCAAAAAGCUCUGUCCCCAGCUCAUCUUCAUCAAGUUAAAUUUUGAUAAGUACAUUGCCAAGGCUCAAGAAGUCCGCGAGAUUAUUGCCCACUACGACCCGCGAUUCGAAAGUGCUAGCAUCGACGAGGCAUAUCUCAAUAUCACGGAGUAUUGCAGCGCCAAAGCCAUUAGCCCCGAAGAUGCCGUCCAGCAAAUGCGACGCGAGAUCCAUGAGAAGACGAAGAUUACAGUGUCCGCUGGCAUUGCUGCCAAUGCAAAGCUCGCCAAGAUUUGCUCCAACAUGAACAAGCCGAACGGGCAGUAUCUGCUGCCGAGCGACCGGGCGUCCAUCAUGAAAUUCAUGGGCAGCCUUCCCCCACGGAAGGUAAAUGGCGUUGGCCGGGUCCUCGAGCGCCAGCUGACGGAGAUCGGAGUAACAACCUGUGGCGAGAUUUACGAGUACCGACAAUAUCUCAAUCAAUUGUUUGGCCAAAAAGCGUUUGAAUUUCUGAUCCACUGCUAUCUCGGCCUGGGGCGUACCAAGAUCCAGCCGGCAGAAGAGUACGAGCGCAAGAGUGUAGGCACAGAAAGCACGUUUCACGAUAUGUCAGAUCCAACACAACUCACGGAGAAGCUGAGAUGGACGGCCGACGAGUUGGAAAAGGAUAUGAAGAGAGCCGAGGUCAAAGGCCGUACUCUGGUGCUGAAAAUCAAGCUCCACACAUAUGAAGUGUUCACAAGGCAGGUCGUCACGCAGAAAUCCAUUUGCCUCGCAGAUGACCUGUUCAACCACUCUCUGCCUAUUCUCACCAAGCUGCAGCAGGAGAUACCCGAUAUGAAGCUCCGCCUCAUGGGCCUGCGGAUGACGCACCUGGUGAGCACGAAAAAGCCCGAUACAGUGGCGUUCUUCGGCUUUCGAUCACGGAAGGGCAAUGUUGCAACAGGAUCUCCGAGCAAGUCUGACGCGGGUGGCGAGAAACUCAAUACUCAAGGGGUGACGGACGACGAUGGCUGGGAACAGUGGCCGGAGGAAGAGCUUUACCAGCUCGAUGAGGAGCUACAAGAGCAGGCGAAUACUGCCGCAGAGGAAGUCGAGGACAGCGUGUCAAGUCCCUUUCGACGUCACGGCAAGGAGAUUCUUCCAAACCCAAUUGACGAGGAUGCUCCCGUCAGUGGUGCCGAACUCUGGGACUGUCCCAUUUGCGGCCGUCCACAGGCGCCCGACGAGAGGACGUUCAAUGAGCACAUUGACCUGUGUCUGUCUCGGCAGACCAUUCGGGAGGCAGUUCAGGAGGAUGUCCCUCCACUGGCGGCCGCUUGCAUCAGGUCAAGCACCCCUGAACCUAAAAGGACAAAGCUGGGGAAUGACAGGAAGCGGGGAAGGCCGUCGAGUGCGAAUGCUGACCCUCGACAGAAGAAGCUCUGUUUUGGAUCAUAG